GGCCAGAUGGAGCUGUGUUUGUUUUGAAGUAGCUAACUGCUGAGAGUAGACAGACUGUCGGCUCUGGUGUGUGUGUGUGUGUGUGUGUGAGGGGGAAAAAACACACACAACACCCAGUGUGGAUAACAACGGGACAGCAAACUAACGUUUUACUGUUUAUGUGGACUGGCCCCUCUGUUGAAGCUGCUCUUAGUGUGGAGGCACUCUAUGCAAGCUCAAGGUCAGGAAGAACCAACCACCAGCCCCAGGGAACUGUCCCAUCUGGAUCGAGGCACCCGCGUAAUCAGGCGGGCACGAGUUUCCCCUGUCCUGUCUCCUCGCCUGCGCGAAUCCGCACCAUGGAGGACUGCAGGACCCUGAAGAGGAUGCGAGGCCCGGGCCGCUGUUAACACCUCCCACGACGGCCGUCGGUUCUCCCAGCCUGAUCCUGUGACACAGACGAGGGGAAUGGGCCCUGCCUCGCUGCAGGAGGAGAGAGAGCCGGGGAAAGAGUCCAAGGAGGAGAUGGAGAGCUACCACUGCCUUCUGCAGGCUGGCUUCCAGCUAGAAAGCACUCUGCAGCAGGUGACUGUCCCUGUGAGCCUGAAGGAGGUUGGGGGCUAUAUAGAAAAACAGGUGGCGUACCUGUCAGGCGGCCGUGGGGAAGACUCCAGCGUCAUAAUCACCCUCCCAGAAUGCUCAGCUUUCAGCGACAUUCCAGAGGAAGCUUUAGCCAAAGUCUUCACGUACCUCACCCUCAUCCCACGAACGAGGCAACCAGGAGUCAAAUUUAUCAUCAUUUUAGACAGACGACUGGACACAUGGGCCUCUAUCAAAACAGCACUUUCCAGAAUAGCAGCUUCCUUUCCUGGGAACCUCCACCUGGUCUUGGUGCUCCGACCCACUAGCUUCUUCCACCGUACUGUCACUGACCUUGGCUUCCGCUUCAGCCAGGAGGACUUCAUGCUCAAGAUGCCAGUGGUGAUGCUGAGCUCCGUCACAGACCUGCUGCGCUACAUCGAUGAGAACCAGCUGACGUCGGAGUUCGGAGGCACGUUGGACUACUGCCACAGCGACUGGAUUGUUUUACGAACGGCUAUUGAAAGUUUUGCUGUAACAGUCAAAGACAUCGCACAGAUGCUGCAGAGCUUUGGCACUGAACUGGCAGAGACGGACUUGCCCGAUGAAGGGAAGACCAUUGAGUAUCUCCUCGAGUCUCACACGGACAAGUACAGGAAACUCAAGGAAGCAAUCAGGUCGGUGUCGAAGGAGGGCCGUCAUCUUCUCUCCAGCCUGGAGGCCACUGGGAAGGAGGAUGACUCCCAGUGGGACGUGAAGCUGGACUGGGAGACGGUGCAAAGGCUUCUUGUUCAGCUCAGAGACAUGGAGUCGGCGUUUGAUGGCUUCUUCGAGAAGCACCAUCUGAAGCUUCAUCAGUACCUGCAGUUGAUCAGAUAUGAGCAAAGCUUUCAGGAGACGGAGUUAUGUCUGGAGCAUCUCAUGACUCAGGAGAGGGAGCUGUCUGUGUCUGUGAACACACUGGCUCAAACAGAACAGGCUCUCAAAAGGCUAGACAGUCUGGAGUCAAAUGCACAGGAGGUGAUGUCUCGAGCCCAGAUCAUCAUCCUUCACGGACACCAGCUGUCAGCCGGUCACCACUACGCCAUGGCUCUCAUUAUGCAGCGCUGCAAUGAACUUCGCCACUACUGUGAUACGCUCUCUGCUGCUCUUAAGACCAAACACUCUCUUCUUCUGCAAACACACCAGCUGCUGCUUUGUCUUGGGCAGGCCCAAACGUGGUGUGACGAUGGCGCAUAUUUGUUGGCCAAUCAGCUGGUAGAUAGGUUUCAGUCUAAGGAAGGGGCCCAGGCUGCUUUGAGAGACAUUGAGAAGUUUUUGGAUGCAGCGCCAUCUAUGCUAAGCUCAGGACUUGACAUCCUGGCCAUGGAGUAUGAGGCUGUCAUCACGCCUCAGCUUCAGGCCCAGAUUGGGCAAACAUUUGACAAGCACGCGACAGUACAACAGAUGAUCCAGAACAGACAAGCCUGUCUAAGGAAGCUGGCUGAUAAGUAUGUACGGCCGGUCCAACUGGUGGCCCCAAGGCCUGAAAACCCCCCACGCUCCAAGUCACCGCUCUUCUCCCCAAAGCAUGGUGAUGGUUUGAAGUUUACAUUUGAUCUUUCUCUGCCGGGCAAGAGAGCAUCACGAAAGAGUCCCAAUCCCAACCCUAGAAAAAUAGAAGUGAUUCAUGACUACCAGGAGAGCCGGAGCUGUGUGUCGUACAGUCUGGAUGGAGACGACAGCCCAGAUCUCUUGAAGCGUCAUGUAAUGAGGGAACUCAUAGACACAGAAAGAAUCUACGUGGAAGAGCUGCUGUCAGUGCUGCUGGGUUACAGGGCUGAAAUGGACAACCCAGCUCUAUCGGGGCUUCUGCCCCCAAUACUUCGCAGCAAGAAAGACAUUCUUUUCGGAAACAUGCCUGAGAUCUACAAUUUUCACAGCAGGGUUUUCCUCCAGGACCUUGAAGGAUGCCUGGACACUCCUGAAAGUGUGGGAGCAUGUUUUCUGGAGCGGAAAGAAAGUUUCCAAAUGUAUGAAUGCUACUGUCAGAAUAAGCCACGCUCCGAGGCUCUGUGGAGACAGUUCUCAGACUGUGGCUUCUUUCAGGAGUGUCAAAAGAAGCUGGAGCACAAACUUGGCCUGGAUUCCUACCUGUUAAAGCCCAUCCAACGCCUCACCAAAUACCAGCUGCUGCUCAAGGAGCUGAUUAAAUGCAGUACAGACUGUGAGGGCGCCUCUGAACUGCAGGGGGCACUAACAGCCAUGCUGGACCUGCUCAAAUCCGUUAAUGACUCCAUGCACCAGAUAGCCAUCACAGGAUAUGAGGGUGACAUUUGUGAGCUGGGCCGUGUGCUGAUGCAGGGUUCUUUCAGCGUGUGGCUCAGCCAUAAGAAAGGUCCCACGCGCAUGAAGGAGUUGGCGCGCUUCAAGCCGAUGCAGAGGCACCUGUUCUUGUACGAGAGAGCGCUGCUCCUGUGCAAGCGGAGGGAGGAGCAUGGAGACGGCAGCGACAAGACUCCCUCAUACAGCUUCAAGCACUGUCUCAAGAUGACUGCUGUGGGGAUCACAGAGAACGUCAAGGGAGAUGUGAAGAAGUUCGAGAUCUGGUAUAGUGGCAGGGAGGAGGUGUAUGUGGUGCAGGCUCCUACGGUGGAGGUGAAGAUGGCCUGGCUGAACGAGCUCCGUAGAAUCCUGACUAACCAGCAGAAGUUGCUUAGAGAUGAAGCAUAUCAACACGGCCAAAUGGUUGAACACAUGCAGCUCUCUCCGCCGCUCUCUGAGAGCAAGCAGCAGAGGGUGUCAGUGAGCUCAGAGGACACGGAGUCGGGGAGGAGCAGUCCAGACCCCCAGCCACACUCCCCUAAACACCAGCACAACCGUAGGAGUUGGCCCGGAGCACACCACUCGGUAGACAUCUGCGAGGGUCUGGAGGAGUGGCCUGGAGGUCGGGACGCCUUCCACCCAUCUGACACGGAGGAGGAGCUUUUGGUGCAACUGUCACCAGGCAAAUACAUGGCUUUGGCUGACUGUCCCAAAAACGGACCAGAGAGUAUCACCAUCAAAUGUGGAGAUGUGAUCCAGUUACAAUAUGAAGACAGCAGGGGGCGCUGGCUUGUGAAAAAUCUCAGUCGGCGACAGGAGGGCUUCAUAUCAGCUGGCAGCCUGCAGCUGGUUAUAGGAGACAGCAGCCAGCAACACUCGUCCAGACUAGCGGACCCAGGGAACCUGAAGGUGAGAAAGCUCAGCUCUCCGUAGAGAAGAAAGCACAGAAUGCGAAUCUAAAAUGUACCUGUGGUUGAUGAACAAACAGAAGGAACAGACUGAGCCAUAGCUGUCUCAUGACUGAUGCACUAUCCGCCACCCACUCUUCACUCCCCGGUGCAGCCUGCUUUCCUCAGCACAGCUCAAUCAUUAAAGAGAAGAAUGUGGGAGUCAACGGAGCUGAUGUUCUUCCAUGGCUUUGACACUGAUGAUCUCCUGAACCAGUGAAGGUGUGCGGUGGCACCAGCACAACAGCAAAAGGAGCCCCCCCCCCCCUUGGACAAUCAACAGCAUACCCCUGGAUCCUCUUUAGUCUUCCUCUUUUAUCGAUCGGUGAUUAGCGUCUAGUCCCUCUGGCGCUCCAUCCGCAACACCUGCAGUCAGGAUCUGUGGAUCAAUCUGUGGACUCUUCAUUCCAGAUAAUACUUGAGGUUACAGUAUCCCUGAGUGCUUGUUUGUGUGUUCUUGUUUGUCUCGGCGUGUGCUGGAGGGAUGCCAACCAGGAUUUGCCUGAAACAUUUCUUAAAAACAGAGACUGUUGUACAUACACAUGGUAUCUUUUUUAAAAAUCCACUGUAUCUCGGUGUUUCAUCUUUGUGUAGUUGGUUGACACGUUCCAUUGUUCGUUCUUUAAGGCACGCUCUUGUACAGUCUGGGAGUUAAAAUGCCAAAAUGUGCCAUGCCAUAAUGCCUUUUUUCUUUCUUUCAGAGUCUUUUGCAUAGACUGUUUGCGAAAAUCAAAUGCUCUGUCCUUGCUUUAAACUGACCUCACAAAUAUUCAAAAGGCACUUUAAUGAGGUGGAAGGACAAGUGAAACUAAAAAAGCCACCUACUGUCUACUGAAUGCAUUCUUCGCCUGCUUCUUUACCUCUUACUGUGUACUUCAACUUAUCCUUAGCUACCUUUCCUUCAUUUGUUCUUGAAUGUAUGAUGUGUGUUAGCGAGGCGGGGGAGACAUGUUCCCCCUCCCUGAACAGAGGCAGCAGUUCAUGCGUCGAUGGCGGCGACAUUUGACACCGUCAGACGCGAUGGAGAUUGAUGGCAGUGUAUUCCUCUGUGUGUGCCACAGUCAAACGGGAGACACGUGCCGCAGAGCGUGAAAUACUGUCAUUUUCCUCAGGAUCUUUUGGUAGCUGACUGUCAGUCACAGCACAGACGAGCGUGAGUGAGGCGGCGGGGAAGAUUCUGCUGUGCGCUCCUUCAUCACAGAGCCAGUAGCGUCCACAGCAUUACAACUCAGUUAAGCUUGGGUUUCCCAUUAAAAGGGAUCUUACAGCCAACAUGAAAUGUACCCUCUGUGUCUAACACUUAAUUAAAUAUUGAUUGCAGACUUAUAUGAAUUUACCACAUCAGAUCGAGGCCCCAGUAGGAAGCCUGCCUUUGAUACGCUACGUUUGAUAUGGAAAUGAGUAUAGAAAGCAGCAGGGGCUACUGCGCACUACACACUUCCUAUGUUGUUAAUUUAUUUAUUUUGCUGUCAUGUUGUUCCUUCAUAUUGUGAGGUAUUAGUCUAGUUCCAAAUGAAAAUUACGUCUCCAUAUAUUUACAUGAGCCGUGCUUGACUCAACAACACCCCGUUUUAAUUUCCCUUUUUAGCUUAUACAAGAAAAUCAGAGGGUUCCUUUGUCAUUUCAAUCCAAAAUGCUGCAGAAUUUGCACAGAUUUUCCAAAUUGGAAAACAAAAACGACUGCUUGAAAUAUUAUGUAUCCAGAUGAGCCAAGUAGCCUACGCUUGUUGCUGAACUUUUGUUUCAUUGAAAAUGCAUGGCAACUGAACAACGGGCAGGUUUCUGCUAUUAGAUGGUCACUGCUCUGCAACAGGCUUCUUUUUGUAAAGCUUUGGCUCUGCAAAAAUAAUCAAAUGAAAACACGGUAUUUAUUGCAAUAUUUUUUUUCUUCUUCUUUUUUUAAAAAAAAAAUCUAAAUAAUUGAAGAACUGUUGUUCUAACUUGGUGAUAAGUUUGACUGAAAGCUAAAGCUUUUUCAUACAUCCUGAUUUAAUCAAUAAUUUCUGCAAUUUUGUUAUGAUGAAGGCUGGCUUAUAAAAUAAAAUUAAAUUUGUGCAA